AUGGCUUUAAAAAAUGAUUAUGUGGGGUUUUGUUUCCAUAAAAAAAAAAUAAAUAAAAUUGAUAGAAUCAAUGAAAGCAUAAGUCCGGAACAAUUUUAUAUGAAUUACAUUUUAAAAAGAAAACCAUGUCUCUUGAGCAGUGAAUACGUAAUUAAAAAUGAGUGCAACAUAGACAUAAAGUAUUUGAAGGAAAAUGUGGAAAAUGUACAUGUCGAAUUAGAACAAAAGAUAUCAAACUCAUUCGGGAUAGGUGAAAAAAAAAAAAUGAAAUUUCAUGACUUCUUGUCAUUAAUAGAAGCAGGAAAUACAGACUACUAUUUAAAUACGCAAUACAUAAAAGAAAAUGCUUAUUACCCAUCUGACUUAUGUAACCCAGUUACUAUGCAUAUGAUAAACUUCCUACCGAAAAAGUUAGAUAUUAUGGGUAAUUUAGAAAUUUACCAAUAUAAUGUAUGGUUAGGAAACAACACAGAUGAAGAUUUAAAAACAUUUUUGCAUCAUGACUAUCAUGACAACAUAUAUGUACUACUAAAAGGUAGAAAAGUGUUUAGGAUAUAUAGUCCCAAUUUUGCUCAUCAUUUGAAAACAAAUGGUACUAUUUACCGUGUUUAUAACAAUGGAUUAAUUACAUACUCCCCAUUUAUUAGAAGUGACGGAUCAAACUAUUUAGAUGUAUACAAAAAAAAAAUGGAUAAAGUGCAUCGUCAUAUUAUCACAAUGACUAAUUACUUAAGCAAAAAAAGAAAAUUAUUAGAGGACAAAAUAAUAGAAAAUUCUAUAAAUAAGGCAGAGCAAAAAUUAAAUAAAUUAGAAGAUAAUAUCUUAAAUUACAAGAUGCUUAAACAUAAAUUCAGAUGUAAACCGAAUACAAGAAAUGACAUUCCAAGUCAUUUUUGCCUUCUUAAUACAGCUGAAAGAAAAUAUGAGGAUGACAUUUUCAGCGAUAACACAGACAUAGAAAAAAAGUACAUAGACGUACACGUGAAUGAGGGAGAUACAUUAUACUUGCCAUGUGGAUGGUUCCAUGAAGUUAAAUCCUUUUCAAAUGAAAAUUUUCACCUAGCGUUUAAUUAUUGGUAUUACCCCCCUUAUAUAAAAAUGGUAAAUUCCACUGAAAUGCAGAGCAGAUUUUCUUUUCCUUAUAUAGACAAACAUUUAAAUGAAAGGAAUAAAAGUUUAUACAAAAAGAUUGGGAUUAUGAACAAAGAAAACGCUUCCGAUAUAGCAGAAAUCGUGUCAUACUACAACAAUUUGAAUAUAAAACAAGAAAAAAAUGCCAAAAAGGUAAAACGGAAAAGUGCGAGAAGGUUCUUACACACACGAAGAUUAAGGAUGCAUAAAUAG